AUGGAGCACGCAGGACCAGUCGAUGGCGGCACCAACCAGUACAGAGAGGAGCUCAAUGAGAUCCUCAAGAACCGAGACAUCAAAUGGUACAAGGGACACUAUCUCAAGCUCAAUGCUCUGCUGUUCCUUCUCGUCAUGACGUCCAUGAACAACGGUUACGAUGGCUCCAUGAUGAACGGUUUGCAGACUGUCGAGAACUGGCAAGUCUUCUUCCAUCACCCUCACGGAUCGGUGCUUGGUGUCUUCAACGCCAUCCAAUCCAUUGGAGGAAUCGUCGGUCUCCCUCUCGCUCCUUACUUAUCUGAACGGUUCGGACGUCGAGGUGCUUUGGCUAUUGGAGAUGCCGUCAUGCUCAUCGGAGUCAUUCUCCAGACUGCUUCGCAAAACGUCGCCAUGUUCAUCAUCUGUCGAUUCUUCAUUGGAGUCGGUCUCGCCUUUGCUUGUCUCGCAGCCCCAGUCCUCAUCACCGAGCUGGCGUUCCCGACCCACCGAGCUCCCAUCACUGCCCUCUACAACUCGUCCUGGUAUCUUGGAUCUAUUCUUGCGGCGUGGAUCACCUACGGUACAUUCAGCAUCGCGAACACUUGGUCAUGGCGAAUCCCUUCCCUCAUCCAAGGGUUUCCGUCACUCCUUCAAAUCCUCCUGCUCUUCCUCAUUAUCCCAGAGUCGCCUCGUUGGUUGGUCGACAGAGGUCGCUUUGAGGAGGCCCACCGAGUCCUCACUGAAUACCACUGCAACGGUGACGACACCGACCCCCUUGUCGAGCUCGAACUACGAGAGAUCCGACAAGCUAUCCACAUCGAAAAGGAAAUCAACAGGACCGUUACUUACCGAAGUCUCUUUGCUACCAAGGGAAAUCGCCGACGAAUGCUCGCCAUUAUCCCUUACGCCUUCUUCUCCCAAUGGUCUGGCAACGGUAUCUUGUCAUACUAUCUGAACAUUGCUUUGGUCUCUUCCGGUAUCACCUCGCACGCCUCUGAGAAUCUCAUCAACGGUCUCUUGCAGUUGUGGAACGUCAUCACUGCAUAUGGAGGCGCUCUCAGUGUCGACCGACUCGGUCGUCGACCCCUGUGGCUCACCUCGGCCGCUGGAAUGUGUGUCGCCUACACUGCCAUCACCAUUGCGGCUGCCUUGUACGAAAAGUCUCCAGUCACUGGUCUCUACACUCAAGUCGACCCUCCCGUCACACUCCACGCGCGAACAUCUGCCGGCCACGCUGUUGUUGCAAUGUUUUUCAUCUACUAUGGAUUCUACAACAUUGCCAUGUCGCCCCUCCUCGUUGCCUACACUGUUGAAAUCCUUCCCUUCAACCUUCGUGCCAAGGGUCUCUUCGUUAUGCAAGAAUGUGUCAAUCUGUCUUUGGUCUUCAACCAAUACGUCAACCCUAUUGCCCUUCCCGUGCUCAGGUGGAAGUACUACUGUAUCUACGCCGCUUGGAUUGCUGUCGAAUUCGUCUGGCUCUACUUCACCAUCAUCGAGACCAAGGGACCCAACGGACCCCUUCCAUUGGAAGAGAUUGCCGCCAUCUUCGACGGAGAAGAGGCUCGAGAAGAGAUUGCACGCACUCAAAUCGCUCCUGCCGCUCAAGAUGACAAGUCGUCGGGUAACGAGAUGGAGGAGAAAGCAGCCGUAUGA